GUGAGUUUUCAGAGACGGCAGAAGUGCUGAGAAGCUGCUGGGGUUCAAUCCAGCCACACGCUCAGAACCCAGCAAGACGCCUCUAAGACGCUGUCGCCGCCGGCAGCCUGUGAAGAUGUGCCGGUCCCUGCUGCUCCUCCUCUCCCUGGCCGCGUGCGCCAUGGCAACCAACCCCGCCAUAAAGGCCGUCCUCACGGACAAGGGACUGAAGUUCGGCACGAAGGUGGGGACAGAGUGGCUCCAGGCCCAGAUUCUGAAAGCUCAAAUCCCAGACAUGAGCGGGGAUGUCAGUCUGAGCAUACUGGGCUCCGUGCAUUACACUCUGAGCAGGAUGGGCGUGGCUAGGCUGAACAUGCCCCUCCCCUCCGUGGUGUUUUCUGAGGGGACAGGGGUGCAGGUGGACCUGACCGGCUUCAACAUGGCAGUGAAGGGGCAGUGGAACACACGCUACUUAUUUAUACGGGACGGAGGCACCUUCCGGCUGGGUAUGUUCAACGUGGGCGUGUCCCUGCAGCUCCAGGUGGGCAGCGAUGAGAAUGGCCACCUAUCCGUCUCUAGCGUCCAGUGCAGGUCCAGCAUCGGCGCAAUGGACAUCCUCUUCCACGGAGGAGCCAGCUGGGUCCUCCAACAGUUUGUGACGCAGUUCAAACAUCAAAUACAGUCCCAGGUUCAGGAGAAGAUCUGUCCGACGUUUGAGGGUGGAAUCCAGCGCCUGGAGAGCCAUCUAGCGGCCAUGAAUGUGUCCAUCCCGCUGUACCGCGUGUUGCUGUUAGACAUGCCACUCACGAGCUCUCCUGCUAUACAGGCUUCUGACCUCAGUCUGGAUUUCAAGGGCGAGUUCUACAGUGCCCAGUGUCCCAAGGAACCGCCGUUUGUGUCCGAGAAGUUCCAGCUGCCCCCGCAGGAGCGCUUCAUGCUGACGCUGGGCGUGUCCGAGUUCUGCCUCAACUCCGCGGCCUUCGCCUUCAUGUCCACCGGCCAGCUCCAGAUUAACAUCACCGAUAAAAUGAUUCCCCCACAUUUCCCCAUCCACCUCAACACCUCCAGCUUCGGACAAUUUGUGCCACAGCUUCCCAAGCUGUACCCCAACAUGCUGAUGCUGUUUUACGUGUACGCGUCCAGCACGCCCCUGGUCUCCUUCCUGCCCGAUAACGCCACCCUGCUCCUGUCUGCCUCGGCCAAGGCCUACGCCAUCAAGCCCAACUCCUCUGCCCUCAUCCCCCUCUUCAGACUCGACCUGAGCGCCAACAUUGGCGGUAAAUUCUUUGUGGAGGACAUGACGCUGAAGGGAUCACUGAUGCUGAACAACUUCACGCUGACUCUGGGAGCCUCUGAAGUGGGAACUUUUUCGACCCUGCCUCUGCAGAAAGUGCUGAAUGUGGGGAUAACAACGAUGGCAUUGCCUUGGCUCAAUGCAAAGCUGAAGCACGGCCUUCCCAUCCCUGCCAUUAAAAACGUCAAUUUGAGCAAUACUGUCCUGAAAGUGAACAAGGGGUUUGUGGCCAUUGCUACAGACGCCGCAGUCUCAGCGCUGGAGGAAGGACAGCUCUGAAGAGGGACCAGCCUUCAGCAAGUUCCCAGAAAAUGCUUCUUUUUUU